AUGAGUGGCAUUGCAUUGAAAAUAACUUCCUUAUUGGUGAGGACAAUUGCCAAACCCAUUGGGAAUGCCAUCAAAGCUCAAGCAAGAGAACAUGAAAGAUUCAGAAAAAUAUGUAUCAAGUUUGCCCAAUCAAUGCACUCAACUGAAAUAAAAUUAAGAAUGUCAUUACUUGGGGAAAAUAAAAUAAGAGUUAAACCUUUGAAUGACAAUAAAGCUAUUGAACAAGGUGCAACUUUUAUUUCCGAAUUUUUUAUUUUCAGUGUUGCUGGUUCACUAAUAUUGUAUGAGAGUUAUAGAAGUAGAAAGAAGGCCAGUAGCGAAAGAGAUGCAUUAGCAGAUGAUAUUACUGUGUUACAAAGUGAGAUUGAAUACAUCAAGUCGAAACUCGGUGACAUUAACAUCAAAUUGGACGAUUACAAAGUUCCCGAAGGAUACAAUCCAAAGUACAUUAAACUUGAAAAUAAUAAUAACAACAACACAACCACAAAUAACGAACCUUCAUCUGAAGUAAAAAAAUCAUAG